GGUCCGAGGUGCGCCGCGGAGAGGACGCGCCCACCGGAGGUGCGGCCCCGGGAGCGCCGGCCCAGCCCCCGCGGGUCCGCGGCCCUCGGAGGAGGCUGCCGCCUCGGCGGGGCCCGCGCGAUCCCUGACGGAGCGGGGGAACCGGCCCGGAGGCGGGCGGGAGGGGCCGCGGCGCGCCGCCAUGCGCCGAGCGCUCUAGCCGAAGGCGCGGGCCCGAUGGAGCGGGCCGAGGAGCAGGGGCUGCGCGGCGGCCGCGGCCCGCGGGGGCUACGGCUGGCGCUCGGGCUGGCACUGCUGCUGGCGGGGCCGCCGUCGGGCCACGCGGGGGCCCCCGAGGCGCCGGAGCCCGCGGCGCCCAGCACGGCGGCCCCAGCCGGGGGCGACCGCUGCCGUGGCUACUACGACGUGAUGGGCCAGUGGGACCCGCCCUUCAACUGCAGCUCGGGCGCCUACAGCUUCUGCUGCGGCACGUGCGGCUAUCGCUUCUGCUGCCACGACGGGCCGAGGCGCCUCGACCAGAGCCGUUGCUCCAACUACGACACGCCGGCCUGGGUGCAAACAGGCCGGCCGCCCGCGCGUGCUCGCGACCGCGCGGCGCCCCGGGACCCCGGCCGCGAGCGCAGCCACACCGCCGUCUACGCGGUGUGCGGCGUCGCCGCGCUACUCGUACUGGUCGGCAUCGGGGCGCGCCUGGGCCUGGAGCGAGCGCACAGCCCGCGCGCGCGGCGCGCAGUGACCAGGACACUGACCGAACUUCUGAAGCAGCCAGACCCCCAGGAGCCACUGCCUCCGCCUCUGGGCCCACCUCUGGGUAGCUGUGUCCAGGUGCAAAUGGGUGAUGGCCUCCCCCGUGGUUCCCCCAAUAGCACAGCUCCAGAUAAGAAACGCCCCAACAACGUGGCCGUGGGGUCGGCGACACCGGGGCCCCCACGCGGCCCCCAGCUGCAGGGUGGCGGCAGCAGCAUGACAUUGCAGCCCGACUACUCCAAGUACGCCACCCUUAAGGCAGCGGCGCUCAAGGCAGCAGCCUGUUUCCGCUCCUCCCCACCCCGUGCUGCCGGCGCUGAGGCCCCGCCCCGUCCCCCGGCAGAGGCCUCCCCGCCGGACUUCUACAGGCGUUUUCCAGCUACCGAGCCCGGCCCGCUGACGCUCCCUGCACAGACGGCGCGCGCCCAUGAGGACUUGCCUGCUCUGCUCGACGCCUGCCCCUGGGCGCCGCCGGGCUACGCGCCUCCCGUCGGCCCCGUCCCGUCGGGUCACUACAAGGCCUGGAUCUCCGGCCGCCUGGCCCGGCCUGCCCCCCGCGGGCACCUGGCGGCUCAGGCCUCCCCCGGGCCCCGGCGGCCCGGCCACACGACCCGGAGCCAGUUCAGUGUGGAGAAGCUGUCCGAGGCCUUCAGCCCGCAGCCCCGAGGCCUUUAUGGCAGCGCGGCGCGGGGACCCCGCCACCUGAGCACUAACAGCAAAGCCGAGGUCACCGUGUGAAGAUGGGGCUGCCGGCUCUCCUGAAACAUCACAUCUGCGGGAGCCCUCCUCUGCCUGAGAGCUUCCAUCGUUAGGGCCUGGGACCCAGGCCUCGGGCAGGAGGGGCGCUGACCGUAAGGCCCGCCCUUCAACUUUUCCUAACUGGACUGGGGCCUUGGAGCCUGCAGGGAUAAGAUGGGGUCCACUGGUAAAGCUGGUGAUUCUGUGCUGGGGUCCUAGGUUCCUCCUGUAAAUAAAUUCUUUUCUGUGGCUCCCACCCUGGAGAAUAAAGGAGCCCCAGCUUUGUUCUGAGAA